CUACCUUUCAAUCUGUAUGCCAAGGCGGGUCAAGGUGUGGAUCUGCAUGAAGCAAACGCAUUACGAUUCAUCUCAGAGCACGUGGGGAGCCCGGUACCAUCGCUCAUUGACGCCAUUCCAUAUCCGAAAUAUCCAAAUGGCAUGUUCAUAGUAAUGACACGCUUACCUGGAGAACCGCUGGCGCGCGGUCUAUGGGACAUGUCGCCGGAACAACGAUCACUCCUCGCAUCCGAUCUCAAACGACUCUUUGACCAGAUGCGAUCCAUUCCGCCUCCUCAGACAGGUCCCAAAAUUUGCGCAGUAGAUGGCGGUCCCGUACUGUGUUAUCGCGUAUGCGUGGACAGAGUCGGGCCGUUCGACACAGAGGCAGGUCUCUAUCAGUGGCUUACUGAUAGACUGGUGUUGGAAGAACAAUAUCGUCUCAAGGCGUUCGCAAGACCUGUCCAUUCCAGAACUCACCCGAUAUGUCUUACCCACAACGACUUCGCACCACAAAACAUCCUCAUUGACAAGAAUGGCCGUCUUACAGGUUUGGUCGACUGGGCAUGUCUGUCCUGGUUUCCCCAAUACUGGGAAUGGACGAGGUCAUACUAUGCAAAGGAGUCGUAUGGGCCUUGGAGAGAUAUGAUGGACGAGAUCUUUGGGCGCUAUGAGGAAGAACUCCUUGUGGAACGAGAGCUUUGGAAAUAUACUAGUAUUUGGUGA